AUUGUAAUCCUUACAGAGAAUAAACUUUGAAUUUGAAAAGGACACUUCCCUGUGGGACACCAACUGUAAUUGGUUGUGCGGAAGAGCUUGCCCCAUUUGCGUACACAUAUUGGCUUCUGUUGCUGAGGUACUGUCCUCCAAGACAAUGCCAGCGCCAGGGGUGACAGCUCAUCUGACCCACUCCCUUUACUUUCCCAUGCAGCAUUAUGUAUUUCCAUAAACCAGUAUGCAACCAAACUGAAAACUCAUUCAUGGUGAAGCAACAAUCUUUUAAUUUAAUAUUUAAUUUGCAUUUUUUGAAAAUCCCAUAGUUAUACAAAGCAUUUAGGGUAGACUAAAUACUACUUAAUACUAGUAAAGUUGUACAGCUGAUGUGAGAAUAUUUGAAUUUAAGAUACACAAUGUAAUAUGCCUCUUGCCUGCAUUGAGGUACAUGGGGUCCAGGUUCUAGAAUACGGUAUAGUGAAUACCAGACAGGUCACUACAUGGAGAAGACUCAUGCUGGGGGUAUGCUCAUGGUGGACAUACAUGUAUGCAUGCAUGCAUACAUACAUACAAUACUUUCAUGGAUUAUUCAUCAACAAAAUCACACAGUGUUAUGCAGGCUUCCUCUGUCAGAUUGUGCAGCAACUGCAACACAUCCAGUGUUAAUCAGGGGAUACCUCUGUGGACUGGUACAGAGACUACAGCGCAUCUUGCGUUAUGCAGGAGAUCAUUACAAUAAAAACUAACUUCCAGACCCACAAGGUUCAUGCAGUAUACAGGAGAUACAUUACCUAUCUUGGACAGCGCAGUGCCUGAAACACAUCGUGUUGUAUGGGGAAUAUCAGUUUGUGCAGUAGCUAAAGUAAGUCUAGUUUACUAGGGGAGUGGCCAAUUAAUGUGUACACAUAUAUUAGUGACUUAUACAUUUAAAAUUCCUGUUGAUACAUUAAUAAUUACAUAAUAGCGAAUUAAUGAUUCAACGGAAUUACUGAUAGGUGCUAUCACACAGCAUGUGACAAGAGAAUGUGGACACAAUUUUUUCGUACAAUAAGACUACAUGUGACCAAUGGUGUAUUGUAUCUGCUGGUGUUUAUGGUGCUUACCUUGUUAAUCCUCUUUGGUUCCGAGCUUGUUUGCAUUAUGAUGAUGUUACUUUUUAUAUAAAAAUAAUAAAAUAUUAAUAAAGAAUAAAAAGGCACAAUACCAUGUCUGGGUCAAUACAUAAAUAACCAGCCCUCACACAGGAGAAUGAAAUUAAUGAUGCUUCAGUCUGACUUGAUGAGUUAAUAGUCCAAGUCAGACUGAAACGUCGUCUUAAGUUUUAUGCCAUGUGCGAGUUAUUUGUGUGAAAUACCAAUAAAAUUAAAAAGGACACUUAGAACAUCUUUUUUGGACACAUUUCACUCCUGAGAACUUGAUCAUUUCGAAUGGUACAAUUAUUAUUAUAAUCAAAACUAAGUGCUAAACCCACCAGGGUCAUACAGCACUGCUCAAAUGAUACAAGAAAACGAGAAAGCACAGUAUUGUACAUAAAGUGGAAAGUAUGUCAGAGGUGAUGGUCAGAUGGAGGUACGAGGUCACCAAAUUGCCAUGUCACAUGAAAACCAAACAGCAGCAUAUAGCAAUAUCACGUGGUAGAGUUGCCAGUCCUUUGUGUUACAAUGUUGGAUGUAGCAAUUAUGGAUGGUGAUACAUUGGAGCUUAUUCCUGUUGGGUUCCUGGAGGGUGUUCUGGGGGUUAACAUUCCCACAGCCUGGUCCAUGACCAGGCUACUGUAGCUUAUUUCUACAUUGUUCCAGCGCAUGAGAUGGCCAUCUUUAGACCUGCAUACAACACAAGUGUUGCUGGCAUUGUCUCUGUUGCAAGCACAUUUGUGUUCCUGAACUCUUGGAAAGAUUCUUCCCACAUAGAUCUUGUUCACUCCCUACAUGGAAUGGUGAAUGUUCCUGCUUCAGUGUUUGGAGUGUCAUGAGGAUAUUUCUUUCUAGUGAGGUCUGCUAGAUGAUGAGGCCAUGUCAGCUAAGAUGUAGUCUAGUAAGGGCCUUCAUUUGUUGCUGGCCACUUCUUGUACAGGUAGAAUCAUGAAUCUAGAUUUCUUAGUAGUGGUGCAGUAAAAUUUAAUCUUAUCCGUGCACUUGCAGUCUUGCAUGAAUUAUAAUCAAGUGAAGUACUAAACCCAAAAGGGUCAUACAGCACUACCUUGUAUAAAAUAGGGAGAGGAGGUGUAAUCAUGUGCAAGUAUGGGUUAUGUACUGGAAUUAUUUUUUCUAGGAGUUUGAGACUCGAGAUACAGAUUUUUUUUUUUAUUAUCACACUGGCCGAUUCCCACCAAGGCAGGGUGGCCCGAAAAAGAAAAACUUUCACCAUCAUUCACUCCAUCACUGUCUUGCCAGAAGGGUGCUUUACACUACAGUUUUUAAACUGCAACAUUAACACCCCUCCUUCAGAGUGCAGGCACUGUACUUCCCAUCUCCAGGACUCGAGUCCGGCCUGCUGGUUUCCCUGAACCCCUUCAUGUUACUUUGCUCACAUUCCAACAGCACGUCAAGUAUUAAAAACCAUUUGUCUCAAUUCACUCCUAUCAAACACGCUCACGCAUGCCUGCUGGAAGUCCAAGCCCCUCGCACACAAAACCUCCUUUACCCCCUCCCUCCAACCUUUCCUAGGCCGACCCCUACCCCGCCUUCCUUCCACUACAGAUUGAUACACUCUUGAAGUCAUUCUGUUUCGCUCCAUUCUCUCUACAUGUCCGAACCACCUCAACAACCCUUCCUCAGCCCUCUGGACAACAGUUUUGGUAAUCCCGCACCUCCUCCUAACUUCCAAACUACGAAUUCUCUGAAUUAUAUUCACACCACACAUUGCCCUCAGACAUGACAUCUCCACUACCUUCAGCCUUCUCCUCGCUGCAACAUUCAUCACCCAUGCUUCACACCCAUAUAAGAAAAAACCCAAUGAUUACACUUCUUUUGACUCGAGUAGAAAUAAGAAUGGGAAUCUUCAUUUGUAGGCUUUGUAUUAUUAUUGUACUUCCAUGGGGAAGAGCUAAAUCAAUAGGGGUCAUACAGUACCUAGGGAAAUGGAAGGCAUUCAGACUCAAUUCAAGAAUUGGAGCACAGGCCGAAUGCCUUGGAUCAUGAGCCCCUCACCAGCAUCAAGAAACCUAUCUAAAGGGUAGGCUUCCUUUAGACACUAUGGGAGGUGGGGAGGAAGGGAUGUCUGUGUUAAGUGCUUGCCAUAGAAUAUCAAGAAGUGGUAAUGUGUGUUCUUUUUCCACUUUUAAGACUAAAUUUCAUAGUUUUUAAACAUUGAUCCUAUUAUCUCUUAUGUUAAAUCUUCUGGGAUAUACGACCAGAAUGUCUUAAACGUAAGUAUGUUCUGUAUUAGGGAAUUUAAUACAGCCACUUAACGAUGGAGUUCUGUUCCUAAGUUCACCACUAAACGGACAGGCUCUAAACAUAAGCAACGAAUAAUCGCUAGGUUAUGGAUAAGAUUUAACAAGUGCAGCAGGUGUCAAAAGAUCAUAUGCAGGUAGACCAUGGUCUACUGAUCUACCCCUCAGGUACAUUGGGAGAGCACCUUAAGAAUGUCUAGCAUCCACUUUAAGCUUCUUUAUACGAGAGACCUACGUCUGGCCCUGAUCAAAGACCAUUUGCAGAAAUGUCAUCUGCUGCUUGUAUUAUUAUAAUAAAAAAGAAGCACUAAACCUACAAAGGUCAUACAGCACUGCCCUGCUGCUUGUAGGAAGAGCCCACACUGUGGGGUUGCACAUGGGAAAUAGACUAACCCAGGAAUGGAUAAAUUGAAGUUACCUUUUUCUGAGUGGAAAACUGGUGGCAGUUAGCAACAGCCUGCUCUGUGAUGUCCAGCCACCUGAAGCUGGCAACUCCAAGAGUAGAUGCCGAACAGUAGGUAGCAGGAUUAUUCACAUACAUGGUUGUCUUCGCUCCAUCGGAGACAAUGCCAAACACACCAGUCAUGGCUAUAAUAAAGCAAGUGAUGCGCAUAACGUUGCCCUACAGUAUCCCUUCCUCCAGGAGUAACUCCCACGAGUAGCACAAGCUCUCGCAUUGAACAAUCCACUGGACAAACUGUUGGAGAAACCAGAACAGACGAUCCCACAGUCUGAUUCUGGAGAAAGUGAAAAACUUCAAAUCUGCACUUUGUCAUAUUAUUCAUAGUACAACUCAUGAAAAUGGAACAGAAUCAUUUAUAUAGUUUGGGUACCAGGGCAGCAGAUAGGUUGAAAUUUCACCUCCACAUCUAUAGCAGUUUUGCACACACCAAGGAAUAUUUAAAGCAAUUUUUUUGUGUGUUUGGAGUAGAAGGGCAACUUCCAGUCUAGAAGUUGGAUUACAAAUCUCAGUCAUUACAAUUAUAAUCAUAACUAAGCGCUAAACUCACAAAGGUCAUACAGCGCUCCAGGGUAGGAUGUGCUAACUUUGUAACAUGCUUGAUCAGAGACCAGCGAGAGUGAAGAAUAUGCCAGAGGCAGUUAGUAAAGGAGUAAGGUUUGCUAAAGGGAAGUAUAAUCAAAGUUGGUGUAAUAAAGCUGUUGCUGACAAAAAAGUUAAGAGGGAGUCUGUGUCAAACGUGGGGCUGUCAGCGACAUCAGAUAAAGUAAGGGCAUUAGAACAGGGGAAGUGGAAAAGAAUCUUUCCUCCGUAAGCCAUGCGUGUCGUAUGAGGCGACUAAAAUGCCAGGAGCAAUGGGCUAGUAACCCCUUCUCCUGUAGAUAUUUACUAAAAAAGAGAAGAAGAAAAACUUUAUAAAACUGGGAUCCUUAAAUGUGCGUGGAUGUAGUGCGGAUGACAAGAAACAGAUGAUUGCUGAUGUUAUGAAUGAAAAGAAGUUGGAUGUCCUGGCCCUAAGCGAAACAAAACUGAAGGGGGUAGGGGAGUUUCAGUGGGGGGAAAUAAAUGGGAUUAAAUCUGGAGUAUCUGAGAGAGUUAGAGCAAAGGAAGGGGUAGCAGUAAUGUUGAAUGAUCAGUUAUGGAAGGAGAAAAGAGAAUAUGAAUGUGUAAAUUCAAGAAUUAUGUGGAUUAAAGUAAAGGUUGGAUGCGAGAAGUGGGUCAUAAUAAGCGUGUAUGCACCUGGAGAAGAGAGGAAUGCAGAGGAGAGAGAGAGAUUUUGGGAGAUGUUAAGUGAAUGUAUAGGAGCCUUUGAACCAAGUGAGAGAGUAAUUGUGGUAGGGGACCUGAAUGCUAAAGUAGGAGAAACUUUUAGAGAGGGUGUGGUAGGUAAGUUUGGGGUGCCAGGUGUAAAUGAUAAUGGGAGCCCUUUGAUUGAACUUUGUAUAGAAAGGGGUUUAGUUAUAGGUAAUACAUAUUUUAAGAAAAAGAGGAUAAAUAAGUAUACAAGAUAUGAUGUAGGGCGAAAUGACAGUAGUUUGUUGGAUUAUGUGUUGGUAGAUAAAAGACUGUUGAGUAGACUUCAGGAUGUACAUGUUUAUAGAGGGGCCACAGAUAUAUCAGAUCACUUUCUAGUUGUAGCUACACUGAGAGUAAAAGGUAGAUGGGAUACAAGGAGAAUAGAAGUAUCAGGGAAGAGAGAGGUGAAGGUUUAUAAACUAAAAGAGGAGGCAGUUAGGGUAAGAUAUAAACAGCUAUUGGAGGAUAGAUGGGCUAAUGAGAGCAUAGGCAAUGGGGUCGAAGAGGUAUGGGGUAGGUUUAAAAAUGUAGUGUUAGAGAGUUCAGCAGAAGUUUGUGGUUACAGGAAAGUGGGUGCGGGAGGGAAGAGGAGCGAUUGGUGGAAUGAUGAUGUAAAGAGAGUAGUAAGGGAGAAAAAGUUAGCAUAUGAGAAGUUUUUACAAAGUAGAAGUAAUGCAAGGAGGGAAGAGUAUAUGGAGAAAAAGAGAGAGGUUAAGAGAGUGGUGAAGCAAUGUAAAAAGAGAGCAAAUGAGAGAGUGGGUGAGAUGUUAUCAACAAAUUUUUUUGAAAAUAAGAAAAAGUUUUGGAGUGAGAUUAACAAGUUAAGAAAGCCUAGAGAACAAAUGGAUUUGUCAGUUAAAAAUAGGAGAGGAAGUUAUUAAAUGGAGAGUUAGAGGUAUUGGGAAGAUGGAGGGAAUAUUUUGAGGAAUUGUUAAAUGUUGAUGAAGAUAGGGAAGCUGUGAUUUCGUGUAUAGGACAAGGAGGAAUAACAUCUUGUAGGAGUGAGGAAGAGCCAGUUGUGAGUGUGGGGGAAGUUCGUGAAGCAGUAGGUAAAAUGAAAGGGGGUAAGGCAGCCGGGAUUGAUGGGAUAAAGAUAGAAAUGUUAAAAGCAGGUGGGGAUAUAGUUUUGGAGUGGUUGGUGCAAUUAUUUAAUAAAUGUAUGGAAGAGGGUAAGGUACCUAGGGAUUGGCAGAGAGCAUGCAUAGUUCCUUUGUAUAAAGGCAAAGGGGAUAAAAGAGAGUGCAAAAAUUAUAGGGGAAUAAGUCUGCUGAGUAUACCUGUUAAAGUGUAUGGUAGAGUUAUUAUUGAAAGAAUUAAAAGUAAGAUGGAGAAUAGGAUAGGAGAUGAAGAAGGAGGCUUUAGGAAAGGUAGGGGGUG